AUGCCUUCCAACAGCCAGAGUUCACGGGUUAAGGAUAAAUCUUUCCCCAGUGCACUUAAAGAUCUGGAACUAUCGGCAGCAGCUGUGCUUCAACACCUGAAAACGAUUGGUAAAUUCGAUAACAUGCAAACGCAGAUCGACGACCUCACACGUCAGCUAUCAGAGGCCAAUCAAGCAUUGGAAAAGAUGCAAAAAGACCUGAGACAGCAGGAGGCAAUAAAAGAGUCAAUCACGAUAUCAUUUGAGAAACGGGCCAUACAAUGGAAAGAAAGAGAAACCGACUUGGAAGCCCAGAUUAACGACUUGAAACAUAAAGCUGAAUCAACCGCCCGACACCAAUCACAGGAAUUAGAGAAAAAGGCAGAAGGGUACGAACAAAUUAAUCGCAACUUAGAAGUCCAACUUCGGCGGCAAAAGACCCAGACCACCCAAUUAGAGCUUCGCUUGCAGGAAAGUCAAGCAGAACUCCAAGAGCUCCAAGAGGAUAUCCGGAUUAUCCAUAACAAAUCUGAUUGCUCCAAGUCCUUCGAAGUGCUCGAAAAGGCUCUAUACCACCUUGCUCAGAAAUUCUUUACAGAACCUCUGCAAUAUGUUGACCAAGAUUCAGCUCGAUUUCAUCAUUCCCUCCAAUUGAUAUCUAUCCCCUACAAUGACUACCGUCUCGUGCCGCGUGCUCGAAUGGCACAAUCUCAAAUCGUGCAUCGGCUGAUUACCGAUAUCUUUAAACCCAUUUGCCUAGGAUCACCGAAGGGUAGCAUGAGUAUGAGCGACGCACUCCGAAGAUGCGACAAAAUGAGAAGUCGCCAAAAAGCGAUCCUCCGAUCACUUUUGAUGAUUGCCUUUGAGCCAGAAGAAGUACGACUUCAGAACGAGAUGAUCCAAUCCGUUUCUUCAGACCUGCUUCUGGAUUUAAAAAGGUUUUUGCGGCCGGAGGACGAAAGCUCUUUUCGUCAGGAGCUAUUGGACUUUGUUUCAUCUGCCGCCCAGGUAUGGAAUAACUUCAAAAAGGGCUCGGAAUGGAUCAUGGCGACGUGCGAAGUGCAUAGCUAUCCUCAUGGCUGGAGAAUCGUCAAAGAGAACUUAGAUCAUGGAACUCCGGCAAAUGCAUCGAGCGGCCCUUCCCUGGUGGUUUUCCCCCAGAUCAUCCGCGACGGGACCGAUCCUGUGCUGUACCACGGCUCUCAACGAGAACACCCUAGUCGGCGAGUGUCGGAGUCUCGAACACACAGGAAUUCAGUCACGCCGAGGUCCUUAGUGGGUGCUGGUGAAUCCACAUGUCAGAAUUCGGAAUCGGAGAGAUCGCCUAAGCCACUCAUAAAGCGGCCCCUAUCAGAGACUAAAGGGAAGGGAAAGGGUAGGUCGACUCAAUAA